AUGAUGCAAGGCGUCUUGCAUGGCGAUGACACCACUUGGGUGGACGCGACGGUGAUCUGGCAUCCGCUGACGGCGGGCGAGGCGGGCGCGCUCAAGGCGCUGGUGGCGGCGGACGGGGAGUACCGCGUGCGCCUUGCGCCCAACCCCUUCUCCGCCGCUCCCCCGCCCCAAGGGCACGUCAUCGCAUGGGGCCGCGCGCGUUGUCUUGCGGCAGCUGGCUUUCGCGACUCGCUGCACCUCCUCUUUGAUGCGGGCGGCAGGCUGAUAUCGGCUCAUGUGAAAGCACAAGCUGACUGCUCUCCAGCCGCCACUGCUGCUCUCGAUGUCGAUGCGGUGAUGGCGGUGCCUCUCAUCGUACUCAACUCUGACGUCACCAUCCAUGCAAGCACAAUCGCCCAACGCCUGCCAGUGCGCACGGCCCCAGUGGGGGGAGGCGCGGUGGGGGCGGGGGGAGCAGCAGGGGGAGGGGUGGGCGGAGAGGAGGACCCCAUGGCUCCCCCAGUGCCGCCCAAGACGUUCUGGCAGAAAUAUUGGGUGUUCAUCAUGGCGGGCGGUCUGCUCGUGCUCAACGUCUUCACGGCCCUCGCUGGCCCCGAUGCUCCCCCCGCUGCUCAAGGGGGGGGUGCUGCUGGGGGAGGGGGAGGAGCACGGCGUGGGGGUGGGGGAGGGGGAGGGGGAGGAGGAGGGGGUGGUAGACGGGCGUAG